AUGCGGCGUUCGUCACGAGCGCAGAGCAAGCAUCCAUUUUUUAGCAUUUUCCCUCGCAUAUCAAUUGGUAAGAAGUCAAAACGAUGGGCUCAAGAAAUCUAUGUUUUUCCACAGAGUCGUGUGGUGUCUGAGACCAAUUUGUUAAUCCAUCUCAACCGCAUUUUGGAUGAAUAUGAUGAAGAGCUGAAAAAUGAGAGGUUGAUCGCAGAAAACGCGAGUCUCAAGACCAACAAGAAGAUUCAUCGGCUCGACAGAAAGGACAGGCACCAAGAUGUACAAGACGCGUGCCAAAUACACGAUUUAUCGCUCAGAGAAUCGUUUCUAAGGAGCUGCGAACAGCUUGGCAUACCUCCGCUCGCAAUGACAUACUUCCUCGACAGAAUGACAUCCGGGGAUUCAGAACUGAUUAUGAGGAAUCUUGGGAUAGGUCCGAUGGGUACAGUGGCGGUUUCCGAAGCUUUGGGGCGAAAUCCUUCAGUGAAGAAACUUGAUCUGUCACUCAAUGAUAUUCAAGAUAAAGGGGCCAUUUCCGUGGCUAAAUUACUUGAGGUAAAUAGUCUGAUAACUGAGGUGAACCUGUCCGAGAAUAAAAUUGGCAAAGAUGGUGCCGAAGCGCUUGGUAAUAUGCUAACUGUGAAUGACAGUUUGAUUAAACUUGAUCUUUCGAGGAACCAUUUAACUGAUGAUGAUAUGCAAUUUUUUAGCAAUGUGUUGCAAACCGAGGAUUCCCUUACCAAGCUGGAUUUAAGCCAUAAUUUGCUAGGAGUUACUGGCGGGGAUUAUUUGGGAGAAAUGAUCGAGCGUAACGAUUCCUUACGACAGUUGAAUUUAGGAUGGAACAGAUUCAGCGAUGAGGGAGUCAAACAUAUUUGCACCGGCUUAAAGGAGAAUCGAACGCUAGAAAAGUUGGAUUUAAGCUGGAAUGAAAUUGGCCAAGAAGGUGCUAGAUGGAUCGCUUGGUCACUAGAGCAAAAUGGGAAGCUUUUAGAACUCAACCUAAAUAACAAUCGAAUCACUGACCGGGGAUUAGAAAACAUAGCCAGGAGUCUGGAACUAAAUGAUACCCUUAAAGUUUUCAAUAUAGGUUGCAAUAUCAUUACUUCAGACGGCGCUUGCGCACUACUCCACUCGCUACUUAGAAAUGCAGGCAGCACAGUUGAAGAAGUACACAUGGCGGAAGUAGAGAUAAACAGUAGCAUUAAAAAAUUGUAUUUCCGGUUGAAGAUUCGGCGGCCGCGAUUCCAACUCCUGGGGCUGUCAACAGCAAGUGGCGAGGUGUUUCAUUUUGUGAAACCUCAAAAUCCUAUGAUGGUCUUGGAUGAUUACCUCAAAAGGAACAAACUGACCUCAAGGAAAUAUUGCAGCAUCGAAGAGGAAGGGGAUUGAUAUUCAUAACGACGAAAACUACCCGCGUACGAGGUUAACUUUUUCGGUAAGGAGGAACUCCAGAUGACGAUCUUGUUUGCUAGCAACGACGGUCUUAAGAUCAGCCACGAAGAGUAAACUUAAAGUGAAGAGCAAGACUGAUUGACAACUCAAAAAGAGUAACUUAAAUUUGUCCAAUAUUGUGGACAGUGACCCCCCCCCCCCACUCGGGAGGUUUGCUCCCAAAUGUGCGCCGCCAAUGGGUCUUAAAUGCUGGCUCUAUUUAAGGAGGAGGUAAACGAAAAUUGACACGUUAUAAACCCGAAAAAUGACACCCUAUUCAAAGAACAAAAACUAAGAAUUGAUGGUGAUGGCAACACACACAAACCUUGAUGAAGUCACUUUCCUAAUGCUCUAAGAGGCCGUUCUGUUUUAUUGGGAGCUUUAGCAACGACGAAAGCGAAGGCAACGAGAACUUCGAGAAAGCAAUAGGUUUAGAUAAGCAAAACAACGAGUCUGCUCGCGUAUCACGCUUUUUUGUACAUUUCUUUGCCGUCACUGCAAGGUUACGACGUGAAAAUACCUAAUUUCAUGUUUUAAGGUAAACAAGCGACGACGAAUUUUUCUUUCUCUAUUUAAACUUGAGUUCGGGUCCCAAGAAAUCAACUCCAGGGAAAUACGCCUACAUUUGACAUUUUCGACGAAUUGGAAUAAACGCGAAAAAGUUUGAAAAAACGCGAAUUCAUUUCAAAAGUGACGUUUUUGCUGUCAUUACCGUCCUCGAUGCUAAAGCCCCCUAAUGCUCUAUCGAGGCGCUAGAAAACCAUUCUCUAUUGGGCGGCACAUAUCUGUCUAGCCCAUAUAUGGGAGUACCCCCCACGAACAAAACUAUCCAUUUAAGAGCUGUAAAAAUUUAGCCUCCGUAGCAGGCUCUUGGAAGU